ACUCUGAUCAGCAACAUGACAGGAGUACCAGGACCACACCUGCUCACUCCCUCAUGCUCUCACUGUGUGCUGGAUGGAGACAGCGAGCAGCGCUGUGCAUCAGACUUUACUGUGGAAGAUAAGAUGUGAGCUCACAGCUGUGCAUGGAGAGCACAGAGUGAGGUUUUGCAUACAUCAGCAUUUCCAGUGAAGUGAUGAAGCAGCUUUGAAUGUGUGUAAAUGAGUCUAAGCAGCAAACAGAGAUCAGUGAGUGAAUCUGCUGACACAGAGCAUCCAGAGCAGCAGCAUCAUGGAGAGGAUCCUGCUGUGUGUCUGCUGCUUCUCAGGCUGGUUUGUCUCCACAUGCUGUCCCUGUCAGUACCACUAUGUUGAUGAUGCAAAGACUUGGACUGAAGCUCAGAGCUACUGCACACAGACUCACACAGACCUGGCCUCCAUCGAGAACACUGAAGAAAUGAAGCAGCUGAACAGCACAGUUUCACCUGCUGCUCACAGCUCUGAGCUCUGGAUCGGUCUGUACAGUCAGAUCAGCUGGAGGUGGUCAGAUGGGCUCACAGGGAGUGGAGCUGACUACAGGAACUGGGACACUUCUGAAUAUGAACCAGAUUUUUACUCUGGGGCUCAGUUCUGUGUGUCCUCUUUAAAAGGAAAAUGGUGGGAUUAUAACUGCAGAGAAAAGCUCCCGUUUAUUUGCUACAGAGGAUCACGGAUGAACCCUGAGUUUGAUUUGGUGGAUAAAGAAAUGAGUUGGUCCGAUGCUCAGAGGUACUGCAGGGAGAACUUCUUGGACCUGGCCACUGUCAAGAACACCGGAGAGAACCGACAAGUCCAUGAAAAGGCUCAGAGUAAAAGGGUGUGGAUUGGCCUGCACAGAGAGCCACACAUUUACUGGUCUGACGGCACAAAGUACUCAUUCUCAAACUGGGCCGGUGGGAUGAACCCGUUUAGGGGUAUGAGUACGAUCUGUGCAGCUCUGACUCAUUCAGGAGAAUGGAAGACUUUGUCCUGUGAAACAAGAUUACCAUUUGUCUGCUACAGCCUCCCUACACCUGGUGAGCCUUCAUUGUAUUUCCUUUAAGGAUCGCAAGCAAUUUUAGACACACGGUGUUGUGCAAAAGUCUUGAGCCACCUGUAAUGUCUGCAUUUUCUGGAGAGAAAUGGGAAACAGCUGCAGAGACUUAAUAAAUCCUCCAAAACGGAAAUAUAGUUUAUAUAAGGUAAACCCUCAGAGAGUUCAAGAUCAAGGUAUUUUAUG